AUACUGGUGCAACAUGUUCCUUAAUUGGUUUGGCGGCAUAUAAACAACUGGGUAGACCUAGUUGUGGGCCUACGAAUAAAGUUCUGAGAGCGUAUGGAGGAGCUGUUAUUUUUCUUAAGGGUUCUCUCAGAGUAAAUGUCAAGUAUGGAAAUAUUACUCGAAGCCUUGAGAUACUUGUAGUUAACGAUGAAUAUGUUACUAACAUACUGGGAUUGGAUUUGUUUACAGUAUUAAAUUUCAAACUGCAGUUACCUGUUAUUGAAUGUUAUGCAAAUAAUCCUUGUGACAGUCAACAAAGUUUAACCGCAUCUCUACAUGAACUCAGAUGUCAACAUGCUAACAUUUUUUCUUCGAAAUUGGGGCGUUGUACGUUGUUCAAAGCUGAAAUCAGAUUGAAGUCAGAUGCUAAGCCUAAAUUCUUUAAACCAUACAACCUGCCGUUUGCGAAAAGAGAAGACGUUCGCAUCGAAAUUGAUCGGUUGGUAAAUAUUGGAGUUUUGAAAGCUAUCAGAAGCAGCGUCUGGGCCGCUCCUAUAGUUGUAGUGUCAAAGCCAAAUGGAAAAUUACGUAUUUGUGCAGAUUUCAGAAUUGGUGUGAACUCGCAAAUUGAGAUUGACAGGUAUCCAAUUCCUAGAGUUGAGGAACUUUUUUAUAAACUUCAAGGAGGACAAUUUUUCACAAAAAUUGAUCUUAGUGAAGCGUACUUGCAAGUAGAAUUGUCUGACGCAACAAAAGAACUUCUAGUCAUUAAUACGCCAUUUGGUUUGUUCCAGUUUCAACGAUUGCCAUUCGGUAUUGCCAGUGCUCCUGGCAUAUUUCAACGUCUUAUGGAAGAAGUAACCGCUGGAAUACCGAACUGUGCAGUUUAUUUAGAUGAUAUAAUCGUAACAGGUCGAAAUAAUAAAGAACAUUUGAAUAAUGUUUUCAAAAUUUUUCAACGUUUGGAAGAAUACGGCUUGACAUGUAAAAGCGAAAAAUGUAGUUUUGCGCAAGAGCAGGUAGAUUAUGUUGGACACGUAAUCAAUGUGAAUGGAUUAAUGCCCACAGGAAAAUGUGUAGAGGCAAUCAAAUUAAUGCCGCGUCCUCGUAAUAUUCAAGAAGUUGAAGCUUUCAUUGGAAAAGUUAAUUAUUAUAACAAAUUCAUUAAACAGUUUUCCAUAUUAGCUGCUCCUUUAAAUGAACUAAGGAAAAAGAAUGCUGUGUUUAAAUGGACAGCAUAUCAUGAAGAUGCUUUUCAAGCAUUGAAGAAUGCUAUGAUCAAAGCUACGGAACUCGUUCAUUAUGAUGAUAAGAAGCCUAUAGUGUUAGCAGUAGAUGCAUCUAAGUAUGGAAUCGGCGCAGUAAUUUCACAUCGUUAUGCUGAUGGUUCAGAGAAGCCAAUCGCGUAUGCUUCAAAAAAAUUAAACAGCAGCCAAGAACGCUAUUCUCAAAUCGAAAAAGAGGCAUUAGCAAUAAUUUAUGGAGUGACCAAGUUUCAUCAAUAUCUUUAUGGAAGACGUUUUGAAUUAAUAACUGAUCAUCAAGCGUUGACAACACUGUUUAAUCCGAAUAGAAAGUUGCCAGUGAUGGCGUUGCAUCGUUUACAGCGUUGGGCUAUUGUACUUCAAGCAUAUGAAUACAUUAUACGGUUCAAAAGUUCAUCUCAGAAUGCUAACGCUGAUGCUCUUUCCAGAUUGCCGUGUGGGGAUGACAUACAAUUUGAUAGAAAGGAAGUUGUGAUGUUAGAUGAUGUCGAUACUGUUUAUCAAAAUGCUGUGGAUUAUCUUCCAGUAAAUGCAACAUUAGUAAAGGAUAUGACUGCUAAUGACAACACUCUUCAACGUGUCAGCAGAUAUGUACAAGAUGGCUGGCCUGAACAAUUGCCGAAAUCUGAAGGUAGUAUCAAACCGUACUUUAAUCGCAGAUUUUGCUUAUCAUUUCAGAAUGGAGUGUUACUUCUUCAGGCUGAAUAUACUAGAGUGGUGCUACCGAAAGCACUGCAAUCUCAAGUAUUAAAUUUGUUACACGAGGGUCAUUGGGGUAAAGGUCGUAUGAAACAGAUGGCAAGACGAUAUGUGUGGUUUCCUCUUAUUGAUAAAGCCAUAGAACGUAUUCAUGAUGAUUGUUCAUCUUGUCAACAAGGUGCAAGUCAACCAAAGCGAGAAUUUUCUGCAUGGCCAGAACCUAGUAGGCCGUGGGAAAGAGUUCAUUUGGAUUUCGCGGGUCCAUUCUUUAAACGUAUGUGGCUCAUAGUUGUGGAUGCAUAUUCAAAAUUUCCAUAUAUUGUGGAACUAUCAACAAUAACAGCUGUAACAACAGUUGGAGCUCUACAAAAAAUUUUUUCUAUCGAAGGUCUUCCGUACACUAUCGUGACAGACAACGGAACACAAUUCACGUCCAAUGAAUUUCAAAAGUUUUGUGAAAUGAACACAAUUCAGCACCUCACGUCUGCUCCUUUUCAUCCGGCUUCGAAUGGGUUAGCGGAAAGACAUGUGAGAACUUUUAAGGAAGCAGUAACAAAAAUUAUGAAAGAGGAACAACAUAUUGACAAAGCGUUGUAUAAAUAUCUUACAACGUAUGGAACUACUCCAAACUUAGCAACUGAUAAAUCGCCAGCAGAGUUGUUACAUGGGCGGCAACCAAGAACCAUUUUAUCGGCGUUGUUCCCGAAAGUUAUGGAGACUAUGAAAACUCAAAAUAGAAAUAAAUUCGGAGUUGGAGAGAAAGUGUUAGCUCGUAAUUAUUCGGGAUCGCAUAAAUGGAUCAGAGGCGUGAUACAGAAAUUGCUGGGAAAUAAAAUGUAUUUUAUUCAAACUGAAAAUGGUUACAUAAAACGACAUCAAAAUCAAAUACGUCGAAAUUUAUCGUCAUCGCAUUCAAAUCAGCUUAGGGCAGAUAAUAUUGAUAUUGAUUUAGAUUUCGGUAUUCGGACACCACCGGUUGAGGAAACAACAAUUACUACGGGAUCCGACCCGGAACAUAGUCAAACAGAGAAAGACGACAAAAUGGGGACCGAUGAAACAAUAAUCACUACUGGAUCUGACUUGAAACAAAAUCAAAGAGAGAAAGACGACAAAGCGGAGUCCGACGACAGAUAUGGGUCCACACACACUGAUCAGUUGCCAGUUCAAUUAAGACGGUCGGUUAGAAGGAGAAGACAACCUGUUCGUUUUAAUCUAGAAUAA